GAAAUUUUUAUUUUUUGUGACAAUCCGAAGAAUUUUCAUGAAGAAAAAAAGAAGAGUGAUAAAGAGAGUGAGAAAUGUGAAAAUAAGACAUGCGUCUUAACUAAGCCAAAACCAAAUCUCUCUUAUUACCCUUUUUACACACACCUCUCUUUCCUCAAAAACCCUAGAUCUCUCCCUCUCUCUCUCUCUCUCUCUCCAUCUCUUGUCUUUGCCUUUUACGAAGCUUCCCUUCCCUUAGUUUAUACAUUACUCUCAGCUCUCUUUAUUUCACUCAGCUUCACGUUGAAGACGAGUUUCUCUAUUUGCCAGAUCUGUUAUCUUUCACAUUUCUGGUGAUUGCUUCUCUAAUUUCGUUCUGGGUUUUACUGUUUCCAUCUGAAAUUUACCUCAUUUCUUCGUGGGUUUUAUCUGAAUUCCGUUAAUUCCCAAGUUCUAGUGUAUGAUCUCGUUGAAAUCGAGUUAAAAAUCUGAUCUUUACUCUUGAUUCUGCAGAUCUGUUUGAAGAAAGCUAUGACUUGUGUUUGAUAAAGAGAGAAGCAAAAAAAGGAACAGUUUUUAUAUAAAGAUAUUUGCUUUAUUUGUUUGUUCUUAAUUGUUGCCACGAAAAUGGCAAUGCCACCACCUGGAAAUGUUACUACUCCGUCUGAGAAAUUGCAGUUUCCUCCUCCGGCAAAUUGGAUCCCAGACGAGCGAGAUGGGUUUAUCUCCUGGCUUCGUGCGGAGUUCGCUGCGGCUAACGCGAUCAUCGAUUCGCUUUGUCAGCAUCUACAAGCGGUUGGGGAUCACAACGAGUACGAAUCCGUGAUCGGAAGCAUUCAUCAUCGUCGCUUAGCCUGGUCUCAAGUGCUUACUAUGCAGCAGUUUUUCCCAGUUGCAGAUGUUUCUUACAAUCUUCAGCAGAUUGCUUGGAAAAGGCAACAGCAAAUGCCACCUCAAAGGCAUUACAAUUCUGAUCAAGUUGGGAAAUUUGGAGCAAGGAGAUCAGGGCCUGGGUUUAACAAGCAUCAUGGUGGUGGUGGGGGUUACAGAGGAGCUGAUUCGAUGGCGAGAAAUGGGCAUAAUUUCAAUGGCGUUAACAGUGAUCGUGUUGAGCAUCGGGAGGAAGCUAAGUUGGCAAGUGAUGUUAAGGCAUUGUCUGUUGCAGAAGAGAAGAGAGAUGGUAGCGAGAAACCGAGGAGUGAUAGUAAAGUUGAGAAAAAAUUGGAAGAAUCUGAAACUCAAGAGGAGAUAGUGAAGAACCAUAAGUGUAACUCGGGUUCUAAAGAUAACAGUCUCAUUUCUGAGCAAAAGCAGGAGGAGAACGAUAAAGAGUGUCCUGCAAGCAUGGCAAAGACUUUUGUGGUUCAAGAGAUGUAUGAUGCAAAAAUGGUUAAUGUUGUCGAAGGAUUGAAGCUAUACGACAAAAUGCUUGACGCAAACGAAGUUUCUCAACUCGUUUCUCUUGUAACCAAUCUGAGACUUGCUGGAAGAAGAGGUCAACUUCAAAGUGAGGCAUAUGUGGGUUAUAAACGGCCAAAUAGAGGACAUGGACGUGAGAUGAUCCAACUCGGUCUUCCUAUAGCUGAUACGCCGCCUGAUGAUGAUAGUAUCAAAGAUCGAAGAAUAGAGCCAAUCCCAUCAGCUCUUUCAGACAUCAUUGAACGUUUGGUCUCAAAGCAAAUCAUACCUGUGAAACCAGACGCAUGCAUCAUUGAUUUCUUCAGCGAGGGAGAUCACUCGCAGCCUCAUAUGUUUGUUCCCUGGUUUGGACGACCCAUCAGUGUCUUGUCCUUGUCUGAAUGUGAUUAUACAUUUGGAAGAGUCAUUGUCUCUGAAAAUCCCGGCGACUACAAAGGCUCUCUCAAGCUGUCUCUCACUCCCGGAUCGGUUCUUUUGGUGGAAGGCAAAUCCGCAAAUCUUGCUAAGUAUGCAAUUCACGCAACCCGAAAGCAACGGAUACUCAUUAGCUUCAUCAAAUCUAAACCGAGAAACUCUAACUGGGGACCACCGCCGAGCAGAUCGCCAAAUCAGCACAUCCGUCACCCAACCGGCCCACCUAAACACUACCCUGUUGUUAUCCCGUCCACUGGUGUCUUGCCCACUCCGUCUCACCGCCCACCAAACGGAGCUGUUCAACCGAUUUUCAUCCCUCCUUCUCCUCCACUUGCCUCUCCAAUGCCGUUCCCAGGUGGUGUACCAACCGGGCCGCCUGUCUGGCCACUGCUGCCACCUCAUCCACGACACCAGACAGCACCACAACCUCGAAUGCCCAUCCCAGGCACUGGUGUGUUCCUCCCACCCGGUUCAAAUCAAGAACUGGCUGACAACAGCAACGGAACAGAAGGAAAAUUAGAUUUGAAGGCGAAAGAAGAAGCUCGUAACGGAUUUGGUGAAGGGGAAUGCGAUGGCAGUAACGGUAAACAGAGCAAUUAGUAGCUGAAGAAGAGAAGAUAGAGCAAAGAGAGAGAAUAGUUUUUGGGAGAUGAAAUCUGAGGUGCAGUUUACAAACUGUUAAAAGAGCGGUGAAUUCGAUGAAAUGUCGUUUUGUUUUUGCCACUUGAGAAAUUAUUUUUAGGAGAGUCAAAACAAGGAAAAGUUACCCGUUUUCUACUCUCUUCUCUAAAAUCAUUCAUCUAUAUCCUUUCCUUUCUAUUCAAAUUCUAUCUCUGCCUCGUUUCGACUGAAUCAUAAUAUCUUCUUACACAUGCAUAUAUAUAUAUACCUUUGUUUUUCUCCAAAGUGUCUCAAGAUUCUCAAGAAAGUUACUUUUUUUUUUUCUUCUUGGAAUAUUUUUUGGGAUUCGAAAGCUAAGAUAUGAAGCCUUUAUCUCUGUUGUGUGAUACAAGUUCAGCUGUGUGUUCGGUCCCAUGGUUCAUGGCAGUGGCCCAUGUCUUCAUUCCUUUGUCC